GCCGGAUGACAGGUGUCAGAUGUCCCGUAUGGACCGCAGAACUGUGUUUGUAAAUAGGUUUAAAUAGAUUUUUUUAUAGAAGCAAUGCCCCCUUUUAAAUAAUCUGUGUGAACGUGGUGGCAAUUGGGGCUUCUCUGGCACGACGGCGGUCCGGAUUUAUUUCAUUCCAGCUCCGGAGGCCGAACGGUUUGCGACGUUUGAGGUUAGGUGACCGUAGACUGAAAUCUGUGAUGUGUCCGGAACGGGGGCCCAAAUGGACGCUUUAAGGCUUGCCCUCCGUAUAGAGGACCUCCAACACGUGUCACACGACGUGACUGUUUGUCGCUGAUUCACGUAUUAAUGAGUCAUGGUCUGGAAGAGAUAGAAUUUGCUCUAACACUCAGCUAGAAGAUGUGGGUCCCUGAAAACAGACACUGAUUGAAAGUGCAAAGCAUGGAGGAAGCAUGCAAUGAGGCCGAACGUGCAGUGACAAGGCUGAAGUUCCUUCAAGCUGCAAGUAGUAGCAGCAGUAGUUGUACGAGUAGUAGAGAAGAGAGCCAGGCACCAUCGGACUCCGAGCCCAAACAGGCUCACUUGGACAUAUUCAAGGAGCUUCAGAAGCUUCGGGAUGAGGAAGAGUCAGACAGUAGUUGCGACGAGGAGGAUCAGGAGAUUCAGUACCGGCCUCUGAUCCUGGACAAACUGGUGAAGAAGGAGCAGCUGAAUACCGUCAUUCUGAAUCUUUACGCAGCCAACAAAGGUUACUCGUUGGGGUUUCGAAUGCACGACCGCAAAACCAUGCGUUUCAAGGAGGAAAUCAUCGAGACCAAAUUACGAAGCUACGAGGAGACGGCAGUUUUACGGCAUAUACACAACGAGCAGAUACCCCCUUUGCUGCUGGAGGCGCUGGAAAAGUACGAUUUCCUCUUCUACAAUGGCUGUGUUAUCCUGGAAGUUCGAAACCAUUGCCUCACCUUCCCGAGUGGGAGUUGCUACGUCCAUCACGUGCUGCUGCGGCCCACACAACAGACCGUUCUGGCGGACAUAAACACGUUGACGAGGGACCGGCCGGAGUUUACGGCAGAGGAUCGCGACGUGCUGGAGAGCCAAAUCGUGAUGGCACAAACGCCCGAUCUGUGCCUGGACCCCGAUCCCGACCUGGAAGAUCGAGUGACCGCGAUCAACAACCGGACGCGCUUGUGGCAUGCUGGGCCUUUUGUUAGGAUGGCUACCAAAUCGGUGAAAGUAGCUGCUAACAGAAAGCGGAAAUGCGACGAGCCCAUACCCGGCCUGCAGCUGCUAGAGUUCUGCAGGGCAAAGAAGGCUCGAAUGUCUGCAACGAAGAGUAAUAAGGCUGCCCAAUCUGAAGAAACUAAGACUGUGAUUCCGGCCCCCAAAUUCGAGGAGCUGGCGCUGGCUCCCCCGAGCAAACCCAUCGUGAUGAAUAAGUUCAAAGCGUUAGAUCGUCCUGAAGUUACGAGUGACUGCACUCUAUACCGAAUCGAGGAUCAUGUAUUAGAGACUGAUAUUCCGGAGGAGAAGCCGCGGCUCUACCACACCACUCUGUCGAUUCUCUAUCGGCCCUCCAACAUGGACUUUUUCGGCGAAGUCUAUUUGGACAGAGAUUUCAACUUGGGUCAACGAGCCGGCCUUAUAUCUAGAUUUCGAUUAGGUACUCGCGCUAUGGCGCAUCGGUACGUGUUCCAAUUCACUGAACUCUUCACUGAUUCCGGCCGAAAGAACAACGUGCGUGUUCAAAGCAAGUAUCAUCUUCACGACCCUGAGGAGGUAAUUCUGCCGCCCAAUGCCUCACAUUUGACUCGCCAAAGACUGUCUAAUCUCAAGGAGCACAUAGCUCGCUUAAAUCGCGCCAUUCACGCCCUGUCUUCCCAGAAGGAAAUUAACCUUAACGAGCUGGCCAGCGGCAUCUACUCGGGAGAUUUUGAGCAAUCCGAUUUGUAUGCGUCGCGGUCGCACACACAGAAAUCCAUCCCAAUGACCAGAGAAGAGCAGGAGAUUAACGAUUUGGCCACCAAGCUGGAGCUGUCGGCACAGCCAUUUGAUGCAGCUGAAAAAGCCAAUCGCCAGGCGGCCGCCGCUGCCCAGCAGAAACAGCUAGCGCAUCCGAAUAUGAUCAAUCUCUUGCAUAGUUCUCCAGUGAGCAACGUCAACAGCAACGCAAGUGCUGCCGUUGCUAGUGCGGUCCAUAGCGCUGGAUUGGCUCAGCAGCGGCUACUGACCAGGCGGGCUACGCUGAACAGUGUAACAGCGGAUGACACGAGGGUGGUGAGCCAGAAUCUGGUUUCCUUGAACAAUCGUAGCAGGUUGAGCGCGCCCCAAACAGUUACUCUGUCCAGCAUCAGCAAUGCCACUCGGAUGAACUUGGGGACACUAAAUUCGCGCCAGCAAAAUCAAACAGUCACUCUUACCUCAAUGAGCAAUGCGGGCGGCAGUUUCAGUUUCACCACCGUGCCAGCUAAGCACCAGCAGCAGAAUCAACAGGGGCAGAAUCAGCGCAACAGCGGGUCGUAUGCGCACCCAGAAGGCAGCAGCGAGUCAGCUCUGGGCGCUCUUUUGGUGGGCACCCCUGCUGCUGACCGGCCGGAGAUUGCCAGCCCCAAUCACGCCAAUUCCCUGCUGCUGGAAAAGUUCGCUCCUAAUCCCGCUGGUUAUGGACAGUCCGGUAAAACGCCCCAAGGAACCACGCAGCAGUUCGUCCUGCAAACCUCCAAAGCGAACAGCGUGAUUUCGUCACUAUCUAGUCCAACCGCCCAGAGUUCGAGCACCGUGAACGUGCAAAGCUUGAACUUGUCGCAGCUGCAGAGCAUUCCCGGUCUGCACAAUGUCCAGUUUCAGUUGCCCAACUUUGCGCAACCCAUCUCGCUGGCAGUGAAUGUGGGCAGCCAGAUAUCGGGGGCCACGGCGCCCCAAGGUAUCGUCAUGACCAUGCCAGGCACUCAGACGCAGCAGCCCCUAGCUGCGCAGGGCUCGUCUGGGCAACCCAUUCAAGGGAUGGUGAUGAAUGCAGGCAAUACAUCGGCUGGUUCUUCUACUUUAGCUCAUUUAGUUACCUCAGGCCCCAUGAAGAAUAGGCGGAUAACUUCGGGAGCCCAAACCUUGCAACUGACUGCUAAUCACUCCCAGCUAAUUUCUCAGUUACAAGGCACUCCCAGGCAAGCGAACGUAAUGCCGAAUCAAGCGGUCAUCUCCGGUAGAAGCCUUCAGCGGACCGCCACUACGCACAAAAUGGCCCCAAAUCCAAAUAAGACGCAAUCUGAGCUAGAAGCGGUUCAGCAUUACCAGCAGCGGCUAGUGUCUCAGAACGGCCUGGAGGGCGUCUUCGAUAAGCUGAGGAAGUCGAGUGGCGGAGGUGACUAGUCUUAGGGAACGCUGGGGUGUUCGGGUCGGACUCUCAGUGAAAAUGCGCUUCUAGUCUCGGUGACGCUUCGCAACUGAACUCCAGGCAGGAUUUAAGACAAGACUGGCUUGAUGAACAGGUUUGUUUCAUGGAAUUUAUGGCAACACUUGCACCAAUUUUGAUGAAACGCCGCCAAUGUGCCUAAGCAGGAGGAACGAACCGGCUUGUUUAAAUCGGGUUUAGUUAGGCAACCACAUGAUCUCAAGUAUUUUGUAUUGAAGUUUUUAUGUUUCUUGGACACACGGUUUCUUAUUAGCUGUGCCAAAUGCGACCUUUUAGGUGCGAGGGCAUGCUGUGAUCGGUUGACAAGUCGUCUCGUAUGUACGCGUGUAUAUUUUGUAGUAUAGGACUAUUUAUUUUUGUUCGCAUGUAGGAAACGGGUGCCCCAAAGUUAAAAUCUGUUUUUCAUCGCCAAUUGUUUCCGUUGUAGUUUUGCCGUCGUUUGCCGACUCAUCACCUGCUGGGGCCCCAGUUAAUCAGCAAGUCUGAAGAAGUGCAGUUAGUACCUUUUAAACGCUGUAUUAUACAGAAUGAGCCGCAACUAUGAACCAAUCAAUAGUGCUGCGUUCAGAGCACUCUGCAAAUAUACUCGAUUUUCAUUACUUCCCUGUUUACAACUAAUGGUUCCUAGAUGAGACACAUUCUCUAUACAGGGUGGCUAGUUAGGUUUCAUUUGUCUUGGUGCAAAUACUAAAAUAAACCAGGCAAAGUGUAAAUAAAUGUGUAAAUAUGUGUCCUUAACCAGAGCUGCCGUUGUAUAUAAACCUCAUUAGCUAGGCGAUCAAUUUUUCAAUUGAGCAACGAGCUGCGCUCCUAUCCUCACCCAGUCUAGCAAAUAUACCUUUGGGAGCGCAUUUCGGUGCAGUAUUUUAGCAAAUUUCAAUGCCGAGUGCUUGCAGUGAAUUACCCGACCUGCAAACGCCCUGCAUUUUGUGCCUGAUUUAAAAAUGACCUAUUCGUACGUUGUUGUGUAAUUAACUGAUUUAUGUAUAUAUAUACAUAUACAUAGUAAAUAAUUUUUUUAGUA